AUGGCAGAUGGCAGCCACAUUGGCGACUUUAGUCAGAAUGGCGUGGAGGCGACGUCACGUGAUCGGAAGUGCUAUUUCCGGCUGCGUGGCGGCGCUCGUUCAUUGAAUGAUGCGUUGGAGACUGAGAGCCAAUCCGCUCACGAGUUUUCUGUCUCCAUUGUAGCGACGCAGGACGGACCAAUGGGAGAACAGGAAGAACAGAAGUAG